AAAUUUGCAUACAGAUUAAUCAUUUUUAUUCCUUUUACCUCUUUUGAUCUGUUAAUCUCUUUUGAUCUCUUAACCUCUUUUGAUCUCUUAACCUCUUUCGUCUUUUGUGCUGCUUUCUGGUUUUUAUCUUAAAUGUCUCUGUGCAGCUCCUUGAAUCUUAAAGUUUUAUAUUCAGACUAUGACCAUAAAACCUGUAGUAGACAAGCAGCAUAAUUCAAGUAGCAGCACUGUUGUGCCAUUGCCUAGCAACCACCCAGCCGCAGUCAGACCAAACAUGGACACAAGGGAGAGUGCAGAGGCCACUGAGGCAGAUGUUCACAGGAAGAUCAGAAAGGCUUUUCAGGCAUUCGACUACGAGGCUGACAACACAGUGGAUGUCCGGGAGAUUGGAACCAUCAUCUAUUCCCUGGGUUGCUUCCCCUCUCAGAAAGACCUACAUGACUUUAUAGCUGAGGUGGAAGAGGAUCACACAGGAUACAUCCAUCUGGACAAGUUUCUCCCAGCCAUGACCAAAGUGCUGCUGGAGAAAAAGUUCCUUCCCAUUCCAGAGAAUCGUCUGCUUCAGGCCUUUAAGGUUCUGGACAAAGGAACGAAAGGAUACCUGGAGACCGAGGAGAUGACAAAGUACAUGACACAGGAAGGUGAGCCCCUCACUCAGGAGGAGGUGGAAGAGAUGCUGACGGCUCUCGCUGACACGGAGAAGAACCACAUCUAUUACAAAGACGUUAUCAGCCAGCUGACCAUAGACCCUGACAUAUAAAUAGUUCCACAGUUUGUGUGUAACUGCAAGACAAAUAUUACAAAAACAAGUUUGAUUUACAAUGUUUUUAAGGUGGGCUAAUAGUUAGUCAUGGAUCUUGAUUAAAUAAAUCAGGCAUGUUUAGGACACUGAUAGUUCUGAGAGUGUGUAAUUUGGUGGUUUCACAAGAGGACUGAUGGGCCUUAGUGGAGGAAUGUGCUCCACUGAGUGUCUUACUCAUUUGUUGAAAAAUCUUUAAGACCAAUUAAAGGAUGCCAGUCGGGAAUUACAUUAUUCUUCAUUCCUAUAAUUGCUGUAUAGAAUAUGCAGCAUUAGUCCAUCUGCAUUAUUAGACCACUCCUCUGGGUGGAGGGUACAAGCCUGUUGAUAUAAAACCUCAAUGUUAUAAGGAAUCUGGUGUCCCACAGUCACAGCUCAUAAGGGAAAUUCUCUUAUUAAGUGUAUAGAGCCCAGUGGUGGUAUGAGAAACUGGAAGUAAUGUGGCCCUACAUUUCAGUGUUCAGUAUGAGCAGCCAGUGCAUAAAUGGCUAAAGCAGGAAUUUGUAGCACACUGAAGACAUUACCAACAUGAAGCGACACAAAAAUGUUUAGUGCAAGAGAAAGAAAAUAAUCCCUGUCAAUUAUGAUGUAGUGACACAGAAGCCAUGCUGUGAAAAUCUAAUCGUCCUCCAUCUCAUUACUGGAGACUAAGUUCAGUAGACUGCAACUAACCUAAUGAAGAAAAACAUUCUAAGUAUGAAAAUGAAUGAAUAAAUCAAAAAAACAAAACAAUGGUUGCUUUAUCAGCAGUGCAUUUUAUCUCUGUUGAUUUUGCAUUGAAUCAUAAACAUGCAUGACACAUUAAACACAGCUUUGGAACAUGGGUGACAUGAGUUCUUGGAGAGAUUUAAGUGAGUAUGAUAUAGUAGCAAACACAAACAGGUCUCUAUAGAAGCAUGAAUUCAUGCUGAGGUUUCAUCCAAAUAUAAAUGGAGGAAUCUCUUUAGAUGUUGUGCCCAUUUCACAGUAAAAACACAACCCAUUACUCUCAGCUUCCAACCAGACAUGAGAAAAUAGAACACGGCCCUACUGUAAUAGAAAAGGUCUGUAUUAAACGUUCCCUUUUCACUCAACACCAAGACGGAAAGUGGCUCAUUUGUCUUCAGUCUUAAAAAACAGAAACAUUCAAAAGGAUAUUCCUUUACUCUUAGACUUUUCUCUUGACCUCACACACGUUGCAUUGUAACAGGAAUAAAUGCGUUCCUCACUGAAAGGGGGUUUAACAAACACGUUUCAGGAAACAGAAAAUAAAUCACAAAAAACAAAACUAACCAACACUACUUGUUGAAGUAUAGUUGUGAAACAAAAUUGAGUCUGAAUGGAGAAAGAAACUGAAGCUUGGUCUGUGGUGGAAUGUUCGAAGUAAGAAAAAUAACAAUUUGCAUCAUUCCCGUUCAAAUCAGGUGGCUCGUGUAAAUAUAGUUAAAA